AUGAUGGAUUCUACGUCUCGGCCGACUUCCCUAGCACUCCCGCUCAACCUGGGCCGUCCUCAUCAGCAGACCCCCGUCCACCCAACAACCGCCCGCCAGAACCCAUCGCCUGAUCCGCCUUCCCGGCGCGAUUCCGAGUCCUCUCAAUCUAGCGAAGACGAGGGCUCGGUUGCCGAGGCUUCGUUGCCCCUGAGCCUCGAUACUACCUCAUCGGCCCAUCAUCCCGACUUGUCGUCUCGGUAUCACAUCCUCCGCUCGUUUCAAUCGAUCGAGCACAACGCGCCGGGCCUGAGUUUUGCUACGAACGACGACUCGUGCCCUUCUGAGAUCGAUGAGCUCGCUUACGAUGGCUCGUCGGAAGAAGGGGGCCAAGGAUACAUAACCCACCCUGCAGGAACAACGCGGGCCGGACCGUCGAGCCGAAAAAGACCAGCCGCUGACAGCUUGGCACGCAAUUCAAAGAAGGGCCGCACCGUUCUUCCACCCGAUGGUCCAAUCAUCUUCACAGAACAGGCCGAUCCAUUGCUGCUUCAGUUCACUGCACACCUUGGCUUCCGGAGAGCAGAAGUCAUGCUCGGACAGUUCAAGAGAAUCGUGUUUGCGUUUCCCGACAAUCCUGGUGGCCAUCGCCAUGAGCAACGAGCGCCCUUGCGAUUUGCUCGCUAUGGCCUCUGGGUCGGUGAGUGGGUAUCUGCAGUUUCUGCAAGGUUUCCCCAGUUUUUCCUUAUUCCCACGAGCUACCUCGACAACGGCGCCUCUCACAUAAACAAAGAGAAACUCCUGGCGUUGGUUGGUCAAGAUUCAUCUGAUCGGCCUCCACUGGCCUUCUGUGAAGCACUGUUUCUGCGCGUCGCCGAAGGGUUUGUGAAGCUCGUGAGGGUGAAGGAGGCCUUGGCGCAUACGAUCUAUAUUUCCAUGCUUGUCUCUAGCUCGAAAAAGCCUUACGAAGAACUCCCCAGUGCCCUGCGCAGCUAUACCGACAUCGGCUUCUUCCAAGCGCUAGUCGCACGAAUCCGAUCGAUGCUGUCGUGCAUCACAGGUCUCCAACAAAAAGUCAGGGGCAGCGAUUCGACCAACAUGUCAGCACUGGCAUGCUUUGCAGUGGGUGGGGUACGUGGCCUGCUUCUUGGCCCCCCCUCUGAUCGUAUCUGCACGCCCAGUGGAGCGGCCCAACAUAUCGCUCUAAUCGCUAUGGGUACGACGCAUCGUGAUCCCGAGCCUUAUUGGCACAAAACACACACCCUCAUUCUCCGUCUUCUCCGCUCCUCAUUUGCGGAUCAUCGCCUGGCGGAUCUGAAUGAGGUUCACUUGGCGGACGCGCUGGCUUCAGACUUCUUGCAUGUUUGGUCCGCAACGGGUGAGCCGGUCCCAUGGCUCAAGCCAAGGGCUCGCAAGGCAGUACGUCCGCCAAACAUCGACCUCAACAAUCUAUAG